UAUAAUUGGUAGCUAUGACGGAAGCGGGGCACUUCCUCCCUCCUCAAAUGGGUGCACUGCUGAUUUGUUUGUUGUUAUUCCCAAAUAUGAGAAAAGUACCUACUAGGGUUUUAUACUUUUCUCAAAAUACUAACUAAAUGCAACUAUUGCUACCAGAAACAACACUCAAAGACCAAAGUUGAAAUUCUAAGUAUUUUAACAGCUUCAUAAGACGAUGAAAGACAAUGAAAUAAAAACAAUAGGUACAUGUUAUCACCCCGCUCAGAACCUAAAAUUAAGGGGAAAAAAAUAAAAUAGUUAUCUUGAACAAAACCAGUUUUCGACAAAUUCAAUUCUCAGGCGAUUCAGAAAACCUUGAUACCCCAGUCCCUCGGAGUCGGCACUUUAACCAAUGCGUUACGAUUAUGGAGUGCAAAUACUCGACAGCCGUCCAUGGCUCAUGUCAUGAGAAAUACCACAAGGCACAAGUUGGAUUAUUUAGUUUUUAUUCACUGCAGUACUGUUUGUUUUGUAUUCGUUAUCGUUGCCGGGCGGCCCGGACGUCGCGAUGCUGACGCCGCCGACCACCGCGCCGCCCGCCUACGAAGCGCCGCACGAACGCAGUGUGGUGGUGGUCUACGUGCAGCACACAAUAACGUAAUUUCAACGCAGCUGUACUAAAAUAAUACCCAUGCAAUGAAGGUCUAUUCGUUGUAUCAUUAUGUCUAUUUUGUGUUCAAGAGACGCAAAACGAUGGCGGGAUGCACGCUGAUGGCUGGCGUGAUGCUGCUGUACCUGACCGUGGUCGUGCGACGAAACGCCGCCAGCGAUGAUUACAGAACCGCCGAACAGAUGCCGUACUUCGUCAAGUCAUAUAAAUGUAUCAACAAUACAUGUAUUGUCAGCAAACUACCAUCAGUGGAAAAAGAAAACAUUGGACUUGAUGGGUCUAUAGACGUUUGUCGUUUAACUUGUGGACGCUAUGGAUCACUUUGGCCAAAGCCAACAGUCAAUACAACUAUAGGGAAAUCUGUGAUUGAAUUUGGUCUCGAUAAUAUUAAAUUUGAUACAUCGUUGAUCGCUGACCAAAUGAGCAAAGAAUACAUGUCUGAAGUGACUCAAGUUUUUGUAUCGUCCUUAAAAAAACUUUGCGUCCCAAAUUGUGUUUACUACGCAAUUACUCCAAUUAUAUCUAUAACUACAAGUACUGCAUUUGAUUAUAUCAAAUUGACAACCAACGAAAGUUAUAGUUUGAAAACAAACACCGAAGGAGAUCGGAUAGUAAUUAAUAUUGAAGCAAAGACCGUUUAUGGGGCGAGAAAUGGAUUAGAAACCUUACGACAACUUGUUGCUACUUACGGUUCAAGUGUGUCUGGAAAAAAAUUGGUAAUGGCCGGCGAUGUUCAAAUAAGUGAUCAACCUAUGUAUGCUUAUCGUGGUUUCAUGCUGGAUACCGCUAGACAUUAUUUCCCAAUGGAAACUAUUAAGAGACAUAUUGACGCUAUGGCUCAUUCCAAAUUAAAUGUAUUUCAUUGGCACGCCACCGAUUCUCACAGUUUCCCUUUGGAUUUACCUAGCGCACCAUUAAUGUCGAAAUAUGGUGCCUAUAGCCCUGACGAAAUCUAUUCAUUCAAGGAAAUUAAGGAUCUUCUCAGAUAUGCAUUAGUCAGAGGAGUAAGAAUUAUUAUUGAGAUCGAUUCUCCUGCACAUGCGGGUAACGGUUGGCAAUGGGGUAAAGCAUCAGGUUAUGGUGACAUGGCAGUUUGUGUGGACAAAGGACCUUGGAGAAAAUACUGUGUACAGCCGCCAUGUGGACAGCUCAAUCCAAUCAAUACUAAUACGUAUAAAUGGUUGGGAAAAAUUUAUAAGGACUUGAUCAAUGUACUACCAAAAGGAGAAGCAUUCCACAUGGGUGGUGAUGAGGUCGCUCUAAACUGCUGGAAUACUACCACUGAGAUCACUAAUUGGAUGAAAUCCAACAAUCGAAGCUUAGACGAAGAAGGUUACUUGGACUUGUGGUCUCAAUUCCACUCUAAUUCGUUAAGCGAAUACGAUAAAGAAGCUGGUGAUGUUAAUUCCGAUAUGAUAGUUUGGUCUAGUGGUCUGACUGAACCCGAAAUCAUAGAGAAGUAUCUUGACAAAAAAAGAUAUACAGUUGAAGCUUGGGAAGGAUCAAAUAUUCCAGUUGAACUUGUUAAAUUAGGCUAUAAAGUUAUAAUUGCCUUAAAGGAUGUUUAUUAUCUGGAUCACGGUUUUUGGUCUUCGACUAUCUAUCAUAAUUGGAAACAGAUUUACAACAACAAAAUGCCGAAAGUUGACAAUCCAAAUCUUGUAUUAGGCGCAGAAACAUGCAUGUGGUCUGAAUAUGUCGAUGAUAAGGCUGUUGAUUCCAAAGUAUGGCCAAGAGCUGCAGCUUUAGCUGAACGUCUGUGGUCAAACCCAACUACAAAUUCUCUGUCUGCUGAAUACAGAUUUUUACAACAUCGGGAAAGACUGGUAACACUUGGUAUUAAAGCAGAUACAGUGACGCCAGAAUGGUGUUACCUCCAUGAAGGGAAGUGUAUUAUAGAUUAAUAAUACAUUUAUGGUUCUUUUAUAAAUUUAAAUUUUGAAUUGGUUUAAAUUAUGCCAUAUUGUAAUAUGAAUAUUUUAUUGUUCUUUAUCAAUGUACAUACAACAAUUAUUUAAUUACCUUUAUGUAAAGGCCAAAAGAUGAUAUAUUUAUCUUGAAUCACUCAUUAUUUCAUUAAUUAUUAAUGAUUUUGAACAUUUUUCUUGUAUUAUUACAAAUAUUAAAAAACUAAAAAUUAUAUUUUUUACUAU